GACGGCGCUAGCGGCUUCGUGCCCACCCGUCGCAGGGACUCGAACCUGGCGACCUUUGGGCGUGGGACUCGGCUCUCCAGCCGCCCAAUCGCCGGCCGUCGGUCGGCCACUCCUCGGAGUCGACGUCGUGUCGGCGAGGCCGGGCGACACGGUGUUGGUGAAGAUGCGACGCGACUUUUCGGACAAACAGUGGGGCUUCUCUCUCUACGGCGGCGCCGAGUUCGCAUCUCCUCCCUUCGUCAAUCGAGUAGGCCUUUUUCCUCCCUCCACUUUUGCCCCCACCGGCCGCGACCCUCGAGUCCCCAUUGUUUCCCCUUCCUCCCCCCUCGCCCCCCAUUCGCCGUCUCCUUUUCACAUCUGAAUCGUGUUGCCGGGACGCAUUUGUCCGAACUCCUCUGUCCGAGUGUGCGUCUCCUUUCGCCAACACCGCGUUUACACCAAGUCACAGGCCAACAAAGCGGCAAACGACGUCCAACGGUUGUGCAAUCUCUUCGUAUCCCCUUUUGGUACCUCUCGCCGCCCACUCCCUCUCGAGCACAACUUUUGUCUUCUCCAAAGUCGGACACCCUUUCGCGUGGUCUACAGAAGCGUAAUCCCAUCUCCAGCUCGUCUUCUCUAAACCAAAUAGGCCAGUAUAAGCAAUUAGGAUUUUAG